GCUGUGCCCAUUAAUUCGUCACCUUGGCUGCUGGGUUUUUCUCGAGUGCUGGCCAGCGCCACAAUCCAUUGCAGAGGAAGGGUACAGAGCCAUUUGGCAAUGCAUCACACUGCAAACUGGAUUUUGACAGCAAAGAGUCGGCCGAUUGCGGCAGACUGCCACAAAGUCUCCCUGUUGUUGACAAAUCGUACUCGGCUAGGUGGGAGACUGACCAGGCCGUCGCCCGAUUCUGGCACACAGGCGAGAGCAGGUCGCCCCUCUUGCAUUGUGUCCCUGGAAGCUACGCCCUAUUGCUCCUCCUCACUCUCUCUCUCACUCUCUCUCUCACUCUCUCUCUGACACAUGCAGCAUCGAAAUCCACCGGCUUCAAUCCCCUGUCACCUGUGACCAUGGCCACUGCACGAAUCCCUGGCUUUUGUUCUAGAUCUACUGGAGUGCAAAGUAGUGGAAACAUGGUGUAGAUAAGCGUGAGGCGGCUCUUAACUUGGGUCACCAGUCUCGGAUUACUAGAAGUGAGUCUUUCAGUGCGGGCUCCCCGAAAUGAGCUUUUCCCCCGCAUGGAACUGUGUGGUAGGGAAGAGAUUCUUCAAUGUGCUGAUGGGCCUUAGGGGAUUCUCACCGGCUGCGUUGCCCCCAUGCACGCAGUAAUUAUUUAAUUAUUUAUUUAUUCGUUUUGAUAGAGUUUUCGACGAGUAGUUUGAAGCUUUGGAAAUUUCGAUCGUGAGUCAUGAUGUGCCAGUGGUGGAAGAAAUAGCUGAUUGGGUGCAUGGAGGAGGGUAGGGUGGGUCGUGAGAGUGAUUGGUGAUUAGUGGGAUGCAGGGAUGUAAUGAGCCUGCCAUAAUGUCGCGGCGUUCGGUAGGGGAAUGGUGUCAGCUCGCAGGUUGUGACAAAGAAGUGGUUAUUUGUUGGAGCUACAGCAUUCCUUAAAUGCAAAGAAGAUGAGUAGUCUCUCGCAGAGGCGCAGGUCAGAGUUGCAUUCCGAUGACUGAAACUUUCCAAUCUCGCGGGAAUCGCCAAGGCGUAAGCUCGGCUUCCGUCUUUACCCUCGAGCAUUGCGCAUUGUGAGGCGAAUGAGAUGGAAUAGGUCAAAUGCAUCAUGCAACUAUCUCCGAAAUUAUCCCAGCACGAAUCUAAAUAAGGAAAUCUCUGAACCGAUUGUCCCUUUCUUUAGGUUCGUUGGGCUGAUGUCGGCUGUCAUCGCCCACCUGGCGGUGUUGGUAUCUUUUCCGAGUCCGUAGCCACUCUCUUCUCCUGAACUUUGUCAUGAGGUUGAAUAUGGUUGCUACUGGUCCACCAUGGUCUCCUCGAGAUGAACUGACACUUUGCCCUCAUUCAUACAUUUUUUCCAGAUCGUACUGUCCUUCACACAUGAUGAAGGACUCCUUCCAUGCCCCUACUUUUGGAAGCUCUAGCAGCCUGAAUGUGCUUCAUGUGUUGUUAGGUGGUGAGGAGAGCCGGGAAUGAAGGUGUAGCGCCUCGUGAAGCUAGAAAUGUUUUUAUUUCAUCAUUCCACACUUCUCUCUUGUUCGAGUUGCGGCAUUGUGCUGCGAGCGUCCAAUCGGUUCAAUGCUAAGAUCGCUCUUCCGCUGAAGAAGCUCAUUUGAGUGCCAAGACGAUGACGCCGUCUCUUACUCAAGCCACAGCAUUGGAGGCAGAGCUGGUGCCAGUGGUACUCAAUCCAGAGGCUGGCCAUGCAAACGACGUUGCUCCGCCACCUUUCUUAUUCGAUACUAGCAGCGCGCCCGUGCGUGUCUUGAUCGACAAGUUGAGGCUCCCCUCUCGCCAUGACUCAUGUGACGAGGAGGAGCCCAGUAGCUCCACCAUCCGGCUAGCACAUGCUGCUACUGGCCGCUUAAAGGAGGUGACUAUUGUGCCAGGAAAUGUAAGACACUGCGGAAGAGUUAUCGAGAAUGGUGUUGAAGUAUACUCUGUUGCAGAGCUUACAGAUCUAAUCCAAAGUCAGAUUGUGGACCUUCCAGACAUCACCCCGGAAGUUUGCGAUGAGCUACCAUCUAGCAACCCACGCCUCUGUGAAGCGGUGCUGCGGUCUGUCUUUGCACCUAGAGGGCCAGGGGAAAGCCUGGAAGAUUGUAUGAAAAGCGCCGAUGUUGUGAAGCAGGCCUUCACUCUCCAGGCCAAUGUGUACGCGAAGGCCGAAACUCGCGCUCUCAAAGUGGCUCAAUAUCGGAGAGCCGAGUUGCAGCUGAAGCUGGAAUCCCUACAAAAGGACGACGACGCUCUUGUUCCGCCCACCCAAUUUCAUGAUCCAGUGGUGUACCAGAGCUGGAAAAUGGAGGAGCUACAGAUUCUCUCCAACCUUGUCGACCUCUUCGGCAACCUUCCCUCCUUCUCCGGUGGUGUGCAGGUGAAGAUUCUCUCGGUGGAAGGAUUGAAGCUGGAAGCUACUCCAAAAUGUGUUGCACCGAUGUUCAAGAAGAAGGUAGUUGAGAGCCGUGUAUACUGCUCUGUGACGAUUCUGCCUGCAAGACCCGGAAACAUGCCCUCGCCGGUGGAGUCUGAAGAAGGCACUGUUGAAAGGACCCCUGCAUAUUUCAGCGAGGUCGUCAAUUGCAUUGGGGAUGCUGAAUGGAAUUCCCAGUCACCCUGGAUUCCUAUUUGCAGUUUGCAGGAUAGGAUCUUGAUUGAAGUUUGGGAGAAGUCUGAGAAUGUGGUUAAGUGCGAAGAAUCUGAACCACAGCCAGCCCCACAGCCACAGCCAGAGGUUGUCAUUGAGAGUAAUAAACUGGAAAACAUCCGUGGUAUUUUCAAAAGGCGGAGCACAUCAAGAAGAAAGAAGGUAGCGCCAUGGAGUGGAGAUAUUUUUCUUGGUCAGGUGAUCGUCUCAUUCAGCCACAUAGAAUCUCAAGCUCUAGCUCAUGGAGGUGUACAAGGGCAAUCUCCUGCGACAUCAUACAUGCUUGCAGAUGAGAGGGGGAAACAAGGAAACAGCACCUUGCAACUUCAGUUCACUUGUUCCUGCGAAAGAUUCUACCGGGAAGCGCCCCCAAACAAGCUUCUGUUAAUGCCUCCUGUGGAAGAAAUAGAGAGUGCCUUCGACAAUUUUGUGCGGUUGGCCUUUCAUGCUGAGGAUGAAGCUCUAUUUCAACUUGGACCGCAAUGGAGGCAGAUAGUUUAUGGCUUUGGAGCACACUAUCGGAUUCGGGGAGAGAGAUGUGCUUUAGGCAUGGUCAACGUAAUGGUCGGGCUAUUUCAAGAGGAUGCCCGUUAUUGCAUUGGAAUUGUGCCCGAGUGGUUGCCAGUGUGUAGUGCAGCCAAGGAGGGAACGUUAACAAAGAAUGAGCUUGCACUACAUUGCCACAUCGUUGUGUCACUUAUGAAGCCACUUGUCAACGCUCUAGAAAAUUUCCAGACUCUAUUCCCUGGUAACAAGCCGAAGGGAGCGAUUUCUCGGCUUGUAGAGCUACUAGGUCUCUUGUUACGCUUGGAGCCAGAUUUUGACCAUAUUUUAAUACCUCUCAAGAGCUUCAUACAGAAUUCUUGUAAGAAGCGGUUAUACAAGCAUCUCUUUAAAGACACAGCUGACAGAGAAUUGAAGGAGUUAACUGCUCAAUCGCUGUUAAAAGCAGUGCAACUAGUUCGUUCUGACCUUGUAGAGCUGAGUACGACUUACACGGGAGCUUUCCCUGAUGGAUUUAAUCUACCUCACGUUACGGGUCUCAUGUACUACAAAUUGGUGUGUCAUUAUAUCUCAACCUACAUGAAAGAGAGCUCACCGUCGAUCCUCACCAAAGAACAUGAGGAGAUGUUAAAUGAGUUUAUUCUACUUCGGGGAGAUGUUAGAAAACUCGGACUUCAAGUCCAGGAUUUUGGCAUUGAGUCCCUCUUCAGUGAUCGCCUGGAGCAUUGGAUAGGUUCACUGGCGCCUCGCUUGACAGAUCGAGUGGACUCCAUAAUUGGUAGAGAAACUUGGGAGCCUCUCUCUACUAUGCCUUCGAUCUCUUCCUCCGUCAAUGAUUUAUAUGCCAUGAUCGGUCAAGUGGUAGAUGAGGUUGCAUCGCAGCUAUCCUCAUUUUCAUUCAAGAAUGAAUACAUCUACAAGCUGGUGUUUGGUUUAUGCAAAUGCGUCCAGGCUUACGUUGAGUCACUUGUGAAACUGUGUUUACAAGGACUAUCCCGUGACAUGGGCGAAGGCCAUGGCAAAGGUCCCGAAAAUUCAUCGUCUCUUUGUGGUUUCUUGAGAGCUACAUAUAUUCAGUUGAACAACAUUAGUGCAAUCCUGGAAGAACAAAAGAAGUUGAAGUCUGGUCUUUAUGCCAAGUGGCAGAGUGCUGCAACUAGCAAUGAAAUUAAUGAGGAGUUUGCAAAGUUAGAGGACUUGAUUCAACAGGUUCUUACAGAGCUUAUCGGUGCAGUUUUAGAAAAUACACAGGCUCAAUUUAAAGACCGUGUCCUACGGGAGAGUGUUGGCGAGUUUCAAGGAGGUACCGGCACAAAUGAGCAACAAAGCUUGGUUUGUGGUUUGGACCAUGACGUGAAUGUCAUGCGUACAUCACUUUAUAAUGGAUUGUCGCAGCGGAUUUUAAGAGACUUACCUGCAGCUCUGUUAUGGUGCAUGGAAGGGUUGGCGCUAAAUCUCGAUGACGAUCAUAAGCCCAUUACCGAAGUGCAGUGUCGUCACCUAGGAAAAGUUCAUGAUGUUCUCAACAAUCAUUUCAAUGCUCCGCAGCAUACAACUUAUUUUUUUCCCAAGGAAGGAUCUGCUCGACUACACAGAAUUUUGGUUUGUCGUACCAUGGAACCUCAGCACCUCUCCGAUAUUUAUUCUCAAGCCUGGAAAACCUACCAGCAAAGUAUGGAACCUGGAAAUACUAUUUCUCCUAGAAAUGGUAAAGAGGUCAAUCAUGCCAACAAUGGACACCGAGUUAAAAUCCAGAAUAAAUCUCCCUCCAAACCUCUAGUUACCUUACAUGGUUCUAGCAUUGAGGGGACCAAAGUAGAACCUCAGCUCCAUGUCCUUGAUUAUCUUUCAAUUAUAGGAUGCAAAAGUGAUCGUAAAUCCCGAGAGUUGGUGGUGUCCCAUAGCGCAAGUGGAAAAGCCAAAUAUUUGCAGGCUGAGCUCAAUCUUGGGAAAGAGAAGACUUUGGCAACGUAUUCGUGCAGGUUGUCCAGGAUUAUUCCUGGGCUAUUCUACAUAACAACAAAGCGUGUCUGCUUUGUUAAAUUUCCAGGGGUUCCAAGCGAAAAGUGGUCAUCUUCAUUUCUAACUUUCGACAAGAUACAACGAAUUGAAGAUGCAGACAGUGACGCACUUGUAUUCGUACCCAUCUAUGGUCAGUACAUCAGGGUUGGUCGAAUUUCAAACCGCAAUGCAGCUCUUGCCAUCAUUCAUCAGCAGAUAGCGGGUAGUGGAUCUAUAUUGGAAAAGAAUAUGGCUCUUAUCUCGCGAUCUCAUCGUCGUGCUGCUGCUAACAAAAAUGGACGUAAUUGACUUUGAUUCCCAGCAACUCAACAGCAGGUUAUCUUCCAUCGUCUUCAAUAAAACUUCGAAGAAUGCCUUCUUUUAAAGUAUUACGGCAGGCUGGAAGUGUCAGCCAUUCUUUUUCAUCACUCUUGUGAAUAAGAUGAACUGUGUCCUUACUGUGACUAGGACCGAGCAGCUCUAGACAAAACAGGCCACUCCAUCACCUGUCAGGUUUGAUUUGAGGCCUCAUGUAUAGACAUUUAAUGGGUCGAGAGUGUUGACCCAUUCUCAGGGAUAUCUUAGAGAUGUGAUUUUUUUCCUGUGUCCAGAUCAUUGUCCUGGAGCAUAGCAGAAUUGCUCAAAAUUUUACAGAAUUGAGAAACUUCGCGUCUGCAGGCCCUCGAAAGCAGUUCCGAAGUGGUGACUUGCUGGAGCUAAUGACCACGCAGCAGCUGAAGUGGACUUGGACUAAAACUUAUCUUUGCUCUGCUAAACCAAACUGCCCAUCCAUCUUGAGCAACUUAACCAUGCAGGUCUUGAACCACGGUCAUGAAAGCUAAUACCAACAUCCAGAAUCCGACAUUGUUCCAAGCAGUGGGCUCAAUAAAGGCUUGAUGGCCAUGCCUACGAUUCAGCAUUGCUCUCAGGCAACAGUCUAGCAUAUGCAUUAUGUGGGUUCUCAUCUGUGUAUGAGUUUCUAUACAAAGCGGUCCUCGAAACCAAGGCUCUCUUAUUUGUACAAACGAUUUCGUGUUCAUACAUGUUUUUUCCUGGCUCACUGAGUUCUAACCUCCACAAACAGAAGUCUCACAGGAAGUGAUUGCAACACUGGAA